AUGGAGAAGAAGAGGGUGGCCAUCAUCGGCGCCGGCGUGAGCGGUCUGGCGGCGUGCAAGCACCUGCUGGAGCGCGGCUGCCGGCCCGUCGUCUUCGAGGCGGACACGCUCCUCGGCGGCGUGUGGGCGCGGACGCCGGACUGCACCUCGCUGCAGUCUGAGCGGGCCAUGUACCAGUACUCGGACUUUCCGUGGCCGGACUCCGUCACCGAGAUGUUCCCCAACUGCCGCCAGGUCGCCGACUACCUCAACGCCUAUGCGCACCACUUCGGCGUGCUCGACUGCGUCAGGUUCCGGCAUCGUGUCGUAGGGAUGGAGUAUGUGGGUGUCGGCGAGGAGGAGGUGGCGGCGUGGGAGGAGUGGGCAGGGUGCGGCGAGGCGUUUGGGGAUGGCGUCGGCGAGUGGCGGCUCGCGGUGUCUGACGCUGACGGCCACGUUGAGACACACGUGGCAGACUUUGUGGUUUUCUGCAUCGGGAGGUUUAGUGGUGUGCCCAACAUACCCACCUUUCCUCCGGGGAAAGGUCCGGAAGCAUUUGAUGGACAGGUGAUCCACACCAUGGAUUACUCCAAAAUGGGCACCAAGAAAGCUAACGAGAUGUUGAAGGGCAAUCGUGUGACUGUCAUUGGCUACCUGAAAUCAGCGCUCGAUGUUGCCGCUGAAUGUGCAGAACUAAAUGGUACUGAACAUCCAUGUACAAUGGUAGUCCGAACAAAGCAUUGGAUCUUUCCGAACUACUAUGCCUGGGGAUUCCCAAUAUCGUAUUUGUAUCUAAAUCGCUUCUCUGAAUUCCUUAUUCACAAGCCUGGUGAAGGCUUCCUCCUAAGCCUCGUAGCCACCACCUUGACACCAUUGAGGUGGCUAUUCUCGAAGUUUGCUGAGAGCUACUACUCCAUUCCCAUGAAGAAGCAUGACAUGGUGCCUGAGCAUAGCCUUUUUGAGGCCCUAGUGACAUGCUUGAUUGCCAUUACACCCAAGGACCAUUACAAGAGACUAGAUGAAGGCAGCAUUAUUCUGAAGAAGUCAAAGACAUUUACCUUCUGCAAGGAAGGUGUGCUUGUUGAAGGCGAGUCUUCACCGAUAAAGAGCGACGUAGUUAUCUUCGGAACAGGGUUCAAGGGGGAUCAGAAGAUGAAGGACAUGUUUGUAUCUGAAUAUUUUCAGAGUAUUGCAGUCGGACCAACAUCCUCAACGUUACCACUCUAUAGGGAGUGUAUACAUCCUAAGAUUCCACAACUCGCGGUCCUUGGUUACUCCGAGAGCUUGGCGAACCUCUACACUUCAGAAAUUCGGGCCAAGUGGCUGGCACAUUUCCUGGAUGGUGGAUUCAGAUUACCAAGUGUUAAAUCAAUGCAGAGUGAUAUUCUUGAGUGGGAGAAAUUCAUGAAACGCUACUCUCGCGGCUACUUCCGCAGGUCCUGUAUAGGGGUUCUUCAUAUCUGGUAUAAUGAUCUACUAUGCAAGGACAUGGGAUGCAACCCUAAAAGGAAGAAGGGCUUUUUCGCUGACUUGUUUGACGUCUAUGGUCCCAGCGAUUAUAUUAAUCUUCACCCUAAGUAA